UUUGUCCCCCCUCACUUCCAUAUGACGCCAUUUACAGCAUAAACCCGACCUCUUCUCCGGAAAGAGGGGAAAAAAACAAGACGAGAAAACUUGAAAGCACCUCAGUGUGCAAGGCAGCCAAACGUUCAACAAUUACAGCGAGUAUUUUUUAGAACUGUCCAGCCUACCUCGGAGUGCAACAAACUCGAAAGCCGUUGGCUAUUUGUGUACACUCAACGGAUUCAAAAGUAUCGCGUGCGCAUUUUGUUCACUUUUCUAAUUCACAAAAAAAGUGGAGAGCCAGCAAGCCCCUAGUGAUUGAUUCGUUUUUGGCACUAUUUCGCCUCGGGUUCUCUCGCAGUGGAAUGUAUGGCUAUGUUUUUGAUCUCUUAAAAUUGGAAUCUGGAAAUAUUGUUUGUGGCUACUUUAUCAUUGCAUUGGGUUGUGUGGAUGGGAUUCCAGAUUAAUCUAAACAGGAAUAAACUUUUCGAAUUUGGAAUUUAAUACAACAAACGGGGCUGAAGUGGUGCGAACACGGUGAGUUCGUGAAAAUAAGACUUCAGAUGUGUUCAAUGCCAGCCGGAGGGGUCCUUCUUCAGAGCCAAGAUGGAGACCAGUACUCAAAAUGGCAGUGGUGGCGGAGGGUCGGCCGGCUUGCUGCGUGCUCUGCGUGACAGCGGGAGGCUACACCGGCCUCACCAUGCCCAGGAAGGUCAGCCCGAUCCUGGGGUAAACCCCAGCCAGCAGGCCCCUGUACUCUCGCUGGACCAGAUCAGGAUCACCGGGAGCAGUAAUGAGUACACAGAGGGACCAACGGUGGGACCCAUUGUGGUCCCUAGGCCCCCUGGCUCCUUGCCCACCCAGCAGAAGAAUGACCUGGUGGUGCCACUGGACCUGGGGACCAAUGAGCAACUGGAGCCCCAGUACUCCAGGCCCAACCAGAGGAACUUACUUCCCCAGCAUCCCCAGCCCACACACUCCACAGUCCCCCCUAGGGAUGCCCUAUCUCUUUCUUCUAGCACAGAGGGCUCCAGAAACAGCCCGAGAACCAGUACAGGCAGCACGUCUUCCGUGCAGAGGCUCCUGGGUAGCCCGGCGGUUAGCGAACGGAUAAUCAGGACCCAGCCCAAACGGGUGGAGCUUAAACAGGAGGAAUUGAAGCCCCUGGCGAGUACGGUUGGAGGGGCGGUGGUGGUCACGGUGCCCGGUGGUGGUACCCCUGCCGCUAGGGAGGGGCUGCUGGGUAAACAUGUCUACCGCUGUGAGGACUGUGGCCGGUGCAAGUGCCAGGAGUGCAUGUGCCCGCGCGCCCUGCCCUCCUGCUGGAUGUGCGGCCGACGGUGCGUAUGCUCGGUGCAGAACGCGGUGGACUAUGGGACUUGCGUGUGCUGCGUCAAGGGCCUGUUCUAUCACUGCUCCAGUGACGACGAGGAUACAUGCGCCGACAAGCCCUUCUCCUGCAGCCAGUCGCACUGCUGCGUGCGCUGGUCGGCCAUGGGCCUCCUUUCCCUGUUCCUACCCUGUCUCCUGUGCUACCUCCCAGCUAAAGGGUGUCUUGCCGCGUGCCAGAGCUGCUACGACCGCGUCAAGCGACCGGGGUGCCGGUGUAAGAACACUAACGUUGUCCACUGUAAGAGCGUUGACUGUAAGCCAACGUAAAGGGAAAGUACCUUGGGUGUUGUGGAGAAUCGAUGGGGGUUGACAACUUUGGGCAACUGAAACGAUCACCUCAUCAUGUUUUGGCCCAGUAGUCAGAAGUUGAUUGGGAGAUUGGCUAAGCUGAGCUGUUUGACGUGGUUUGUGUCGUUUGUUUUCAGCUAUGGUUGUUAAUACAGGCUGCUUGAUCACCAAGUGCCCUGAUUUUGUAUUGUUUUAAUCGAAGUCCAGAAUGUUAGCUCUUUUGACAUGUAUUAAUACAACUGAUAUGCUAUGGACAGACUCUCCUGACUAACUUGUUUGUGAAUAGUAAUCGCAAAAGUAUGUAAAUUAGCAAAUGACCUCCUCAGAGAUGUUUUAUUUUUGUAUAUAUAAUAUUUCAACUGUGCAAAGCAUUCUGCCAAACCAGAGGCACCUUGAUGAUAGAUCCAUAUAUAUUAUAUAAUACAAUGUUUAAUGGUGUAUAUUCAUGGGAAUGUAUAUCAAUCAUUUUUGAUGUUUGCCUUACAAGAGAAGGACAUUUACACAUCUUAUCCCUUCAACUCCACAUGUAAAUUGUACAGUGACCCUAUAAGAAAAUCUUUAUUUUCUCAUUUCAACAUUGUUUUAAGUGGAAAGAAUAUUUAUUUGAAGUUUUAUUGUUUUAUAAAGAAAAUAUUUAUUUUGAGAAGCAUCUUAAAAAAAACAUCAGCCUGUUCAAGUACUCUGAUGUUGUUGCAAGUGAGGGUGACUAGGGUGUCAAAUUGGAUGCAUAUGUUCGCUAUGAAAUAGAAAAAUAUAUUAACGUUUGAAAUUAAA